AUGGCGUCGCUAGGUGAGGAUCUGCUUGUCACUGUGAACAAGCUCCAGGACCUGGUGUUCAACACUAUUGGAAAUGACUCCCUUGAUUUGCCUCAGAUUGUCGUUGUCGGCUCCCAAUCAUCGGGCAAGUCGUCAGUACUGGAGAACAUUGUUGGACGAGACUUCUUACCACGCGGCAGCGGCAUCGUUACUCGCCGUCCCUUGAUUCUGCAACUUAUCAACAUCCCUAGCGAGCGUGAAGACCUGCCCGAUCACGAUGAGGUCCAUGUUCCGCACACUGCAGCCAGUGUCGCCGGCCAGCACGAAUGGGCUGAAUUCCACCACCAGCCCGGCCGCAAAUUCGAGGAUUUUGCGUCUGUCAAGCAGGAAAUUGAAGCUGAGACGGCACGGAUUGCAGGAAGCAACAAGGGAAUCAAUCGGCAGCCAAUCAACCUCAAGAUAUUCUCCCCCCAUGUCCUCAAUUUGACCCUGGUAGACUUGCCAGGCUUGACCAAAGUGCCGAUUGGCGAUCAACCUUCCGACAUUGAAAAACAGACUCGGACUCUCAUCUUAGAAUACAUCGCCAAACCGAAUAGCAUAAUCCUUGCAGUAUCACCGGCCAACGUGGACCUGGUCAAUUCGGAAGCAUUGAAGCUGGCGCGCCAGGUGGACCCCAUGGGCCGCAGGACAAUUGGAGUUUUGUCCAAGCUGGAUCUCAUGGAUCACGGGACUAAUGCUAUGGACAUCUUGUCUGGCCGGGUUUACCCUCUGAAAUUGGGUUUUAUCGGCGUGGUCAAUCGAUCGCAACAGGAUAUCCAGUCGGGCAAGUCGCUUGCCGAUGCUUUGCGUGCCGAAGCAGACUUCUUCCGCCACCACCCGGCAUACCGCAACAUGGCCAACCGGUGUGGUACUCAGUUCUUGGCCAAGACCUUGAAUUCCACCCUCAUGACCCAUAUUCGAGACCGGUUGCCCGACAUUAAAGCUCGUCUGAACACCUUGAUGGGCCAAACCCAACAAGAGUUGGCUAGCUACGGCAACAAACAAUUUAGUGGCAAGGAGCAUCGGGGAUCCUUGAUUUUGCAGCUUAUGACUCGCUUUGCCUCUUCCUUCAUCUCGUCCAUCGACGGAACAUCCUCUGAAAUAUCCACCAAGGAGCUUUGUGGCGGUGCGCGAAUCUACUACAUUUUCAACGAGGUCUUUGGCAACUCUCUGGAGACAAUUGACCCUACACACAACUUGACAGUUUCGGAUAUUAGAACGGCCAUCCGCAACUCAACGGGUCCUCGACCCAGUCUCUUUGUGCCAGAGCUCGCAUUCGAUCUCUUAGUUAAGCCGCAGAUUAAGUUGCUCGAGGCGCCCUCCCAACGCUGUGUGGAAUUGGUCUACGAAGAGCUGAUCAAGAUUUGCCAUACCUGUGGCUCGCAAGAGCUUUUGCGCUUUCCUCGCCUGCAGGGCAAGCUGAUUGAAGUGGUAUCGGAUCUUCUUCGUGAACGCCUGGGACCAUGCUCCAGCUAUGUAGAGUCUUUGAUUUCCAUUCAAAGGGCCUACAUUAAUACCAACCACCCCAACUUCCCUGGCGCUGCAGCUGCCAUGCAGUCGAUCAUUCAGAAUAGGCAAGAAGAGGAGCGGAAGGCUAUCCUGGCUGAGGAGAAGAGGAAACGAGAAAAGAGACGCCAGAAGGAGCUCGGCGCGGCCAAUGGCACUGUUGGCAUGCCAGAGGACGAGGAAGCCCAGUCGGAAUCCAAACCACACAAUCUGCCCCUUCGAAACCAUUCUACCAAAGGCACACGUAGCAUGUCUCCCAAUGUGGGCCGCAACGCGGAGAAUGGCAUCACAGCCACUCUAAAUGGCGCCCACGCAAGUCAAUCGGCCGGUUUCGGUGGCUCGCACACUACCCGUGAUUCCUUCCUGAACUACUUCUUCGGCAAGGAAGGCGUUCAAAAUCCGGCUUCGCCACCCCAGCAGCUGAAUCGAGUUGCCCACAUGAGUGAGCCUAGUAUCAGUCAGAGCAUCCGCCGCGCAGAGGUUCGGUCACCGGUGUCAGAGGAGUACACCGCUCCUUCUGAGUAUGGAGGUGAUGUAUCUGUGUUUCCCAAUGAAAACGCAGAACCCACUCUCACUGACCGGGAGAUGCUGGAGACUGAACUCAUUCGUCGGCUGAUUUCCUCAUACUUCCAUAUUGUACGUGAGACUAUUGCCGAUCAGGUUCCCAAGACCAUCAUGCACUUGCUCGUCAACCACAGUAAGGAUGUCGUUCAGAACCGACUGGUCAGCGAACUCUACAAGGAGGAUCUGUUCGGGGAGCUGCUGUACGAGGACGAUGGCAUCAAGGCCGAGCGUGAGAAGUGCGAGCGGUUGCUGGAUACCUACAAAGAGGCCGCGAAGAUUGUGGGUGAAGUGUUAUAG